AUGCUUCUGUUUCCUGUAGAUAAAAUCGCUGCUAUUUCGUACUCGUCAAUAACCCGACUAACUUUUAAUCUCAACAUCAAAUUGACUGAACCAAUUGAAGGCAUACAGGAUUAUGAAUUUUCAAUGAUAGACCACAAUGAUUAUGACGAAAUCAAUGACUACGUUGUUAGAAACUCUCUUGAAAACCAGAGCAUGAGUGAGGCCCGUAGGGCAAAGCAAGCCACAAACAAGCCAGAAUUUUCCAAUGAGUUGGAGAAGGUUAUCGCAGAGGAUAAUGGGGCCGGAGACGACGAUGAAGAUGAGGAACAAGAUGAAGACUAUGAGUCUGGAUCUGACUCUGAAGAGGCAGCAAGCGAAAGCGAAUCUGAUGAUGAUGAUCAGGAUAAUGAUGAGGAUGACAGCGAUGAAGAGGAAGAAGAAGAAGAAGAAGACGACGAUGAAGGAGGGCAAGAAUCUGGGCAGGAACAAGAUGACGCAGAAUAG